AUGAACAAGCUCUAUUGCAUUUGUUUGACUAAAACUGGUUUUGCACAACUAUAUAAUGAAGGUUCAGAGAACGCCUGUGAUGCACGACUCAGACUUACCAAGGAAGCACUGACAAUCCAAAAGCAAGACGUUAUCUGCAUUAUUGGCCAGAAGCAAAGCUCAAAUCGCAGAACUGUUACACUUCACAGAGAUCCUGUUGGUGGAUUAGGUCUAAGCAUUAAGGGUGGAUCACAACAUAAAGUGCCUGUUGUUAUAUCUAAAAUUUUUAAAGAUCAACCAGCUGACCAGAGUGGCUUGCUGUUCACAGGCGAUGCCGUAAUGCAGGUUAAUGGCAUUAAUGUUGAAAAUGCAACUCAUGAAGAAGUGGUUCAUUUACUGCGGAACGCUGGAGAUGAAGUCACCAUUACCGUUUACUAUUUCAAGGAAGCACCUUCAUUUCUUAAGCUCCCACUAGGUUCCCCAGACCCACCCAGUGAUCACAGCAGCGGUACUUCAUCUCCUCUUUUUGACAGUGGUUUACAUUUAAAUGGAAAUAAUUCCAACACAGCCCCCUCAUCACCUUCCUCACCUACUAUUCAAGAACCCAAAUAUGAAAAGAGAUGGAUAGAUGAACUUUCAAUCCCUUUACUAAUGGCUCGAAUUUCAAGGUUCAAGGCUUCAACAAUAAAGUUAAGACCAAACUCGUUUGAACUUCUGGCCCAAGAUGGAGUCAGCUCUGGGACCCUCCAGUUUAACUCAGCGCAUGACAGUGCAGACUGGCUACGAGCAAUAUCUACAAACAUUAGCGAUCUGACUUUACAAAAUAUGAAAAUGGUAAACAAAUGCUAUUCCCCAUCCGAUCAGAUCCUUCACAUGGGAUGGGUAAGUGAAAAAGUCCAAGGAUCAGACGGAUCACACAUUUAUAAAUUCAAAUUCCUGGUUCUAAAGGGUUCGACCUUCUACAUCUUCAAGACUCCACCAGUUAGUACGCUUGACUGGGCACGAGCAGAGAAAAUGUAUAACCUCUGUGAGGUUCUGUUUAAAGUUAGCAAGGUUUGGCCUGCUGAUGAAAUCUGGAUUCAAGAAAAUCUAUAUUUAAAUACCAAUCAAAGUGAAGAUUUUGAAGAUCAGAGACCAUAUUGUUUUAAUGUUUUGGUUGGACAUGGCAAGAGCCAUUACUUCAGCACGGAGUUGGGAAGUGAUUUACCAGUAUGGGAGAAGUCCUUUCAAAAAGCAAUCUUUAUGGAAGUACAAAGAGUAGGGUCGAAAACAUAUGUUUGUAACAAUCAAGGAGAUGUUGUCUGCUUUACUGUGGACUUUGUAUCAGGAUUUACCUGCUUUGACAGCAAAUCAAAGAACAUAAUCUGGAGGUUUAAGUUUUCCCAAUUGAAAGGUUCCUCCGAUGAUGGCAAAACUCGAGUAAAGCUGCUAUUUCAAAAUUGUGACACAAAACAAAUUGAAAUGAAGGAACUGGAAUUUCAGGAUCUCACUGGUGUUUUACAUUGCAUUCACUCCUUUAUUGCUGCCAAGGUUGCAUCUAUGGACCCCACAUUUAUAAACAGCCAAAGUGUUUCGAGGAAAUACAUUUACAACACGUGAAGAACGACUAUGGAGACAUAUUAUUUUCCUAGAGGGUGGAGAUUUCAUGCACAAAUUAUUUGGGAUAAAAACUUUCUGAAUUAAACAUAAACUGUCCCCCCAUCUGUCUACAUAAACCCAAUGUACAUUAUACAUAUUUACUUUAUUUUUCAUUUUAAUGUAUGUCACAAAAUAAUCUAAAGCACAUUUUCCUAUUUCUUCUAUGGAAAAGGACAAUGAAAUAGCACUUUAAGAAACAUUUUCCAGGUUGUCUUAGGAGCUGUAUAUACACAGUGAAGCAGGGCUAAUGCUGGAGGGUUUCGUUGUACAUAGCCUGAUAGCAUGCAUAUUACAGUUUAGAAUUUUCUUUACUUAGGAAUUUAAACCCUACGGUCUGCUGUGAGCAGCUUUAAUGUAAUAUUCUGUUAAUAAUUUCU